UGCGAUUGACAAAAUCUAUGCUGAUAUAAUGACAAGGAUACAAGUCACAGUAACAAAAGAGGCUGUAAUAAAACCAAACGUUUGGCCUCUCAGUUCCCCAGAGAUGACAUGUUGGGGUCAACCAUCUGUGUUUCGAUGUUGGAGUGAGAGAGGAACGGAUGUGCAGUACACUUGGUACAGAGUUGGACACCCAAACAACAUUGUCCUGCACCAAUCCACUGAUCUCUAUCUCCAUUGUUCAAACAUCACUGAAGACAGUCAGCUUUUCUGCUCGGCCUUUAAUGAUGUCAGCAGCCAGAGUAGCGAAUUUGUUUCUCUGCAACUACUUCAGUCUGCAGACAAGGACUGUGUUUAUCUCAUCUCAUCAAACAGUCAUGGUCUGGUUUACCACUGUGGUAUGAGUGUCUUCGUUGGAUUCUCUCCUCAGUUAUGAUUACCAUCUUAUGUGUAGUGCACGCAUGCUCAAAAUGUACAUCAAGAAGGCUUAGGGCUCAAGGCAAACA